CGUAGCCACAUCCCGGAAGCACAUGACCGAUAGCUGCGUGCCUAGAUGUAGCUUCAAGAAACAAGUAUGGAGCAAAACAGUGAAGGGAGUCUUGCCAACGUCCGACAUGUCGUGUUGGUUCUGUCAGGAAAAGGAGGAGUGGGCAAGAGCACCAUCACCACAGAGCUGGCCCUGGCCCUGAAGCAUGCUGGGAAGAAGGUUGGGAUCCUGGACGUUGACCUGUGUGGUCCCAGUAUCCCCCGGAUGCUGAACAUGGGGCAGCCUGAUGUGCACCAGUGUGACUCCGGUUGGGUCCCAGUGUACACAGACGUGGAGAAAAGCCUCGCUCUCAUGUCCAUUGGCUUCCUAUUAGAGGACCCGGACGACGCAGUGGUGUGGAGAGGGCCGAAGAAAUCAGCUAUGAUCAGCCAGUUUGUGUCGGACGUGGCCUGGGGGGAGCUGGACGUGCUGCUGGUGGACACUCCUCCUGGAACAUCCGACGAGCAUUUGGCUGUGGUGGAGAACCUCAAGAAACAGAAAGUGGACGGAGCUGUCCUAGUCACCACGCCUCAGGGCGUGUCCACAGGGGACGUGAGGAGAGAGAUCACCUUCUGCAAGAAGACAGGAGUCCGGAUCCUCGGGAUCAUAGAGAACAUGAGUGGCUUCGUGUGCCCGCAUUGCUCAGAGUGCAGUAACAUUUUCUCCAAGGGCGGCGGUGAAGAGCUGGCCAAAUUCACCGGAUGUCCUUUCCUCGGUGCUGUGCCCUUGGAUCCUCUCCUCACCAGCAGCAUAGAAGAAGGCAAAGAUUUUAUUCAAGCAUUCCCCGACAGCGCCACCUACAGCUCCAUCAGCAGUAUUACCCAGACUCUUCUGGAGAAGUUGACGACAUGACAGUAUCACAUCCAGCUGAAUGAAUUUGUCUCGAAUCCCUCAUGUUUUACACUAUUUAACAAUGAGGUGUGUUCUUCAUUUCUCAGUCCAAAAUACCACAAUGACUCUCUGUUGUAAGUCUUAAGGGGAGGCUUUUUUUGGUGUGAAAAUAGCUGAUAAGAACUGUAUUAAAACCACUGUUGUGUCA